UUUCCUUUCUUCUCAUCCAGUGAGCCUGCCUGGUCUACUAUCACUUACCUCUGCCAGUGGGUUCAGAGUCUGGCAGUGAGGAUGGAUCUGAAGCAGAACUGAGACCCUCUAUGUCAAGUCACCUGGCAUCUCUCUGCCUCCAUUUUUGUAUGGAUUGAAAAUAAGGAUUGUGAAGGACUGGCAGCAGGUAGGACGGGAAAUCUGUGUCCUGGGGCCAGAAAUGGAAAGAGGUAGGAGGACGUGCUGAAUAUCUAUCAGCUAUGACAAAAUACGAUGAACUGGCAGCUUACAAACAACAGAAAUGUAUUUCUCACAGUCACCGUCCUGGAGGCUGGGAAGUCCAAGAUCUGGUUGUUGGUGUCUGGAUGCACUAGGUGUGGGCCAGCCCCACCCAACCCUGACAAGCGACCAUGGAACCCGGAGCCGGGUCAGAGUCAUCUCUGACUGUCAACGAGCAGGUCAUCGUGAUGUCAGGCCAUGAGACCAUCCGAGUGCUGGAAGUUGGAGUGGAUGCCCAGCUCCCUGCAGAUGAGGAGGACAAAGGACUGGAGGGUGUGUCCGCUGAGAGCUCCCAGAGCAGAGGCCCUGCUGAAGCCAGUGAACAUGCUCGUGAAGCUGGACCAGAAAACCCAGAACCCCCUGCAGAGGCAACUGUGAAGUCACUCCCGGGGAUCCCUCCGAGUCCUGCACCCACCAUUGCUACCUUCAGCCAAGCUCCAAGCCAGCCUCAGACAUCGCAGACUCUGACGCCACUAGCUGUACAAGCUGCCCCCCAGGUCUUGACUCAGGAAAACUUAGCCACAGUUCUGACAGGAGUUAUGGUUCCAGCAGGGGCAGUUACUCAACCUCUUCUUAUCCCCAUCAGUAUUGCAGGUCAAGUGGCUGGUCAGCAGGGGCUGGCCGUGUGGACAAUUCCUACAGCAACCGUGGCUGCCCUCCCAGGACUGACCGCUGCUUCUCCCACGGGGGGAAUUUUCAAGCCACCUUUAGCCGGUCUCCAAGCAGCUGCUGUGCUGAACACCGCUCUCCCGGCACCCGUACAAGCUGCCCCACCAGUACAGGCCUCCUCGCCAGCCCAGCCUCGGCCAUCAGCCCAGCCGCAGACGCUGCUCCAGACCCAGCCGCUGCUGCAUGCCACGCCUGCCAUUCUACCGCAGCCCACUGCUGCCACCGCUGCUGCCCCCACCCCCAAGCCAGUGGACACCCCCUCACAGAUCACCGUUCAGCCAGCAGGCUUCGCAUUUAGCCCAGGAAUCAUCAGUGCUGCUUCCCUCGGGGGACAGACCCAGAUCCUGGGCUCCCUCACUACAACUCCAGUCAUUACCAACGCCAUUCCCAGCAUGCCGGGGAUCAGCAGCCAGAUCCUCACCAAUGCUCAGGGACAGGUUAUUGGAACACUUCCGUGGGUAGUGAACUCGGCUAGCGUGGCUGCCCCAGCACCAGCCCAAAGCCUGCAGGUCCAGGCCGUGACCCCCCAACUGUUAUUGAAUGCCCAGGGCCAGGUGAUUGCAACCCUGGCCAGCAGCCCCCUGCCUCCACCUGUGGCGGUCCGGAAGCCAAGCACGCCUGAGUCCCCUGCUAAGAGUGAGGUGCAGCCCAUCCAGCCCACACCAGUUCCCCAGCCUGCUGUGGUCAUCACCAGCCCAGCCCCAGUGGCCAAGCCAUCUGCCUCUGCUCCCAUCCCAAUUACUUGCUCAGAGACCCCCACCGUCAGCCAACUGGUGUCUAAACCACAUACCCCAAAUCUGGAUGAGGAUGGGAUCAACUUAGAAGAGAUCCGUGAGUUCGCCAAGAACUUUAAGAUCCGGAGGCUCUCUCUGGGCCUGACACAGACCCAGGUGGGUCAGGCUCUGACUGCAACAGAAGGUCCAGCCUACAGCCAGUCAGCCAUCUGCCGGUUUGAGAAACUGGACAUCACGCCCAAGAGCGCCCAGAAGCUGAAGCCGGUGCUGGAGAAGUGGCUGAAUGAAGCCGAGCUCCGGAACCAGGAAGGCCAGCAGAACCUGAUGGAGUUUGUGGGAGGCGAGCCUUCCAAGAAACGCAAACGCCGCACCUCUUUCACCCCCCAGGCCAUAGAGGCUCUCAACGCCUACUUCGAGAAGAAUCCACUGCCUACAGGCCAGGAGAUCACUGAAAUUGCUAAGGAGCUUAACUAUGACCGGGAGGUCGUGCGGGUCUGGUUCUGCAAUAGGCGCCAGACGCUCAAGAACACCAGCAAGUUGAACGUCUUUCAGAUCCCUUAGGGCUCAGCCCCCAGCCUUGUGUUCCAGCACUUUGUACUUUUCCCUUGGUGCCCGGCUGCAGCCACUGCCGUGACAGCACCUGUCCUUUUGUCACGUGCAGCUGUGCUCGCCCUAAGUCCUGAGACUCCACUGUGUGCAUGUGCGUCAAUGCCUCUCCCGCUCCCCCACACAUCUCACAUCAUGGGGAGGCCAGCGGGGCCCACAUGAGAGCUCCAGCCUCUGGGCUAGUCAAACCGAAGGUGAGGAUUUGUGGUGUCACUUAGAAAAGCACUUUGCUAACUUGGUUUCUGAAGGGUGAAUUCUGGUUGGGAACCAGAAACUCCUGUCUGGGGCAGGGCUUGGCAGCUCCUAAGGACCACUGGCCAUUAGCUCCUGUUUUUGAUGGCAUUCUUAUUCCGCUCUCUCUUCUUUGCUCCUAUGUGUUGGUGUGGCAGGUAUGACAAUUCAUCCAGUGAAUCCAAAGCCCCACACUGCCCAUCCUCCAACCUCCACUUUGCCUGCAAGGACCCAGGAGAUAAAAUUUAGAAAAGCAUGCUGUGGCGCUCAGAAGGUCAGACUCAGUGUCUGCUUUGACCUCGAGGUCAGGAGAUUCACACAGCUCCAGGGCCAGAAUACGUGAUCUCUUUUCCCACCUCUCCCUAGGUCCUUUGGGGGAAAAUGCACCAAAGCAGAACCUUGUCUUUUGCAAUCCAUGUUGGAAGGAAACAACAGCAAGUUCCUCUUGUCCUGGAUUUGUCCUGGGUCUGCAGCAGGUCAGGAAUUUGGUAAAUAAGGCCAUCCUCCCAGAUUUUUGGUAACCCUGACAUUGGGGUGGGGGGGGCAGUUGUGUGCUGAAUUAACCCCUCCACCUCUACCCACACACAGCCCUACUCCAUUCUGAUUGAGGUGGGAGUGAGGAGGCAGGCAGGCCACCUUCCAAAAGAGAGGGGAAGGCUCCCCAUUCAAGUUCAGAGUCAUCAAUUUGCCUCAAUGAAAAAACAAACUUCCUUGGAAAGGGUGUUAUACACAAACUUUCAGCAACAAUGGUUAGAGUACCAGAGUGUGUAAAGGAUUCAGUGACUUACACCUGAAUACAGAGUGCUGCAGGUUUCAUCCAGGUAGGUUCUCUUUUUGGGGAGAGACGAGUGUAUCACACAGGGUGGUCUGUGAGUAGCAUAUAACCCAGGGCAUGUCCAUUGCAUUGGAAGUGCAAGAGACAUCAUCUGUCCUAUCAUGGCAGGAAAAAAAUCAUAACCCUGGUCUAAAUUAGGCCUGGCUAAGCUUACUCAGCUCCUCUCUGUUCUAAAGCUAUCUUCCCAAGGCCAGGCUCUUCUGCUGGAAGGAUAGGUCAGUUUUCCAGGGGAAUAAUGCCUUUAGGGGAAAAAAAAUACCUUUAGGGACAGGAUGUUUGCAGGCUGAAUUCCCCAGGUAGGGAUGCAGGGUGUCCCUGAAGUGUAUUCAGAGCUCACUGACCUAUGACCUUGCUUCUCCACCAUAGGACCCCGGGGAAGCAGCUAGGGUCUGGGCCACUCACUAAACCAGUGGGUGUUUCCCUGCCUGGGAAAUGGUUUCUUCUUGUACCUGUAGGAAAAUGCCCAGGUGUUUGGUAGCAUCAGACUGUGAAGGGAGAUGACAUAAAUUUUGUUUUGUAGGUAUCUUUCCCAACUUAAGUCAGAGCUCAGCAGCUUCUCAGUCAUGGGACGACAGGCUAAUGGGCAGAAAUGGUUUAACUGUGUAUAGUUUCGUUUGUUUAGUUUGAAGUAAAAGACCAGAUCUGUCCAUGGCCUGGUAAAUCAGCUGGGGCCUUUGGCCUUUCACUGAUGUUUUAUCCCAGUGCAGUUCAGAGAAAGAAUUCAGCCAAAUAGACUGAGGAACACACUUGAGUCUGGAAUGCAAGACCCUAAUGUUUUUGUGUUCUUAGAAAUCUAAUUACCAUCAUAUGCCCACAUUUCCUUCCCACUUCAUGGGCCAGGCCGUGACACUGAGGUUCUGACUGGCCUCCAACAUGGUGCAAAGCCUGCUGAGGGCUGGAGGGAGGGCUGGGGAGGGGAGAGGAGAACAAGAAGUACUCAAUGUAGUU